CCCGCCUUCGGAGCCGUUGUCACUUUCAGUUCAGUUGCAGCUGAUCUGGCGACCUCGUAACAAGGGGAAAUCAACUGAGAUGUUCUUUGUACCCCAAAAACCACAACUAUUAACCAAAACCAUGUUUUUUCUUAGUUUUAUUGCUAAUACUCGAAAUUAGUUGUAAAUAUGUUGUUAUUGUGGCACCUCACUUCCUUGUCAGUCGUGAUCCAGCAAUGCUUUUGAUCAAAGAGUAUCCAGUCGUGACCAUCCAUCUUAUAGUCAUGCUCACUGUAUGUAGACAGGAAUAUGAUUAAGAAAAUUCAUGAUCAAGUACAUUAUCCGAUAUUCUUUCAUUUGUGUGACUUGAAAGAGAUAUAGCUGUUAUUUCUAGCAAGUCGAGCGAACCUGUAAACUCUGCCACCAAAUGGUUAUUUUGGAUGUCUUGCUUUUCUUCGUUAUUUCUGUUGUUACAUUUAUACCUGUGAGAAAUUACUUUCAUUGCGUGUUCCAACCUGGAGACUGGUGUUGGAGAGUUUCCACUAAAUUUGUGUUUUGUACUUACUUCUUAAAUGUUGCCCACUUUGAGGUCGGCCUUCCAGUAGAUGGCCAGAUUCAUUUGGAAAUGAAGGGCCAAGAAAAUGAGCCUGGGGCCUGUAUACUUCAGCUGGAGACAGCCAUAACUUCAGGGGAUGUGAAAGCUGCCCAAACUCUUGUUGCUCAACUUGCAAGACAGAAGACAUCAGUGAAGAUUGAACUCCUUCAUAAAGAACCCAUUGACACAGAAUAUCGUUUUUUCAGCAUCAAGAUUUAUAUUGAAGACAGAGUCUCUUCAGCGCCACCUUUUGUGAUGAAAAUUAAUUCCAAGACAACAGUAAGAGAACUUAAGAGAAUGGUCUUCCUCAAAUAUAACUUACCUGUACAAGUCCAGAGGCUAAUUGUGUCUCAUAAAAUUCCCAAAGAGAAGGAUGUUUUAUCAAAACAUGGUGUCAAAGAAGGCAGUAGUGUGUUUAUUUACCUCGUUCCUGCAAAUAAAGUUAACCUAACAAAAGAACAAGUUGAUAAGGAAAGAUGUGCAGCAGCUGAAUUACAAAGAGAGGAAUCAGAAGAAUACAGCUUUUUUGAUAUUCUUGGUAACGCUAACUGCAACGAAGUUCAUGCUUUAUCAGGGGCAUGUCUCCGAGUUCCUGCUGCUGAAAUGUCCAACCUAGUUGGAAGUUCUCCGGUCGAAGAAAAUGUUUCCGUGAAGCCUGGUUGGAAAUGUAGCAAAUGCACAUACGACAACCUUCCCAUGCGUCCUGGUUGUGAGAUGUGCACUGAACCACGCCCUGUUGACUAUGAGGUUCCAGACAACUAUUCUAUGAGUUCUGUGGAGAAAUACUGGAAGAAACAAGAGGAAGAUGCAGAACAGGUGCAAAGAGAGAUGGAGAACCAACACAAAAUUGAAAGAGAGAAACACAAGCAACAGCUGAUUGAUGCAUCAAAGAAGAGUCUGGUUUCAAACCCUGAGCAAUUCAACUGCCCCGUGUGUUUUGACGAUAUUCCUCCUGGUGAUGGAAUCAUUCUUCAGGGAUGUCUGCAUAUGUUCUGCAAGCAGUGUCUAAAUGAUGCAGUUUACCACAAUGACUCUGGAGAUGCCAGAUGUCUUUUCCAGAAUGAAGAAUACAAAUGUGAUGCAAAGAUUCCCGAACGUGUUAUCAAAUCUUUGGUUUCAGAUGAAGUGUAUAAACGCUAUUUAUACCUUGGAAUCCAGCGAGCAGAGUCUACAAUAAACAAUAGCUUCCACUGUAAAACUCCAAACUGUCGAGGCUGGUGUAUAUAUGAGGACGAUGUGAAUUUCUUUCCUUGCCCCGUCUGUCAACACACCAACUGUUUGACCUGUAAAUCGAUCCAUGAAGGGAAAAACUGCAAAGAGUUCCAAGAUGACUUGAAUCGAGCAUCUCGACAAAAUGCCAAUGCAGAGCGGACGAAACUAUACUUAACGAACCUGCUCAAGUCUGGAGAUGCUAUGAAAUGUCCCCAAUGUGAGGUGAUUGUCACAAAGAAGGAUGGCUGUGAUUGGUUGAGGUGUUCAGUGUGUAAACUUGAAAUCUGCUGGGCAACACGAGGCCCAAGAUGGGGGCCAAAGGGUCUGAACGACAACAGUGGAGGGUGUAAAUGCAAGGUGAACGGAGUUAAAUGUCAUCCAAAAUGUAUGAAUUGUCAUUGAUUUUAUUUCUGUUAAUUUGUCAAGUGUCAUUCAGGAAAAUAGAGAGUCUCUUUCAGUUAACUUUAUGUGAAUGUGUUCUUGUUGAUCGUUAAAUUAAUAAUUAUGUUGAUCUUUGAACACCUGCAGAUAUAUUUCUAGAAAAUUCAUAAAACAGUUUUCCAUUAAAAUGAAUUUAACUUUCUUAUCCAUAUAACAAACAUUACAAAAUAUUGUUUGAGUGUGGAAGUUUGGAAUGAAAUCAGUCAAUUCCAAAAACUGCUUCCAGCCAUCUUGAAUGUCUACAAUGGCAUUUUUAUGAGAUGCCUUUAGUUCAACAGCUGGGACAAGCCUGGAGAGGUUUUCCUUAACCACAUCAACCUCAAGUGUUAAGUCCAGGGUGGAACUUAUUUGGUCAAUCUCUAUCAAAUUGACAAGUUACCACUUAACAAGAGAUGUGUGUGUGUGUGUUAAUGUAGUGUGACUAGGAUUGCAGGGAGAUGAUAGAGGCCCAAAAUGUGUUGGAAGGAAGAGUGAUAUGGGGUGGAGGGGAUGGCAAACAGUAGCUGAGGCUGAAUGUCGGGUGAACUGGGAACAAAACAGUGACCUCAACAUGAAAGCGAAAGUGGAAGAUGAGUGAGAUGGAAAGGCAGAAACCGUCCUUUUCUAGCAGAGGUCAAAAAAGCUCUCUGGCAACAAUGGUCUCAGAAGACACUAAUUUGGUCUCCAAGGUAACAGGAUCGACCAGUUAUUUGUAGAGAGACGUCUGAAUAUUGAAUGGAGUCUAUUUUGUAAGUGUUUUUGUUGCUCUGCAUCUAUGAUAUGUGAAAAUGUUAGCCCUUUAUGCCUCUUGUAUACCCAGUUUCCCCUGGGUACACUGCAUGGAAUUCUCACCAGCUCCUUUUUAGCAGAUCAAGGAAGGCUUAACAAGGACCUGACUGCUUCUCUGUUUGCUAAUACCUUAGUCUUUGCUUAAUUCACUUUGAAGUCUUUCCAAUUCCACAUUCUGCUAUUAGUGCCGAGUCUUCAACAUGAAGGCGGCCCACGAAUGGGGAAUUGGUCUCAACCUGCAUCAACUCUGAGUUGGAGGACUAUAAAUAAACAAGAAGCUACAGACUAAGCCCCCCCCCCACGCAUCCCUACUUUCACUUUGAAUUCAUUCUAUCAUAAACUCUCGCCUUCCUCAUUGGCAAACUUCUUGCUCUGGGUUUCUUCUUUUGCUAGAAAUACUCAACAUCUGACUUCCCUUCUUGCAACUUGGUGGUUGUGCCCUUCACUGUCCCCUUUUAGCUAGUCUUUCCAUACAUGUCUCUGAGCCUCCAUGGCUUUAUCCACAGCUAUUCCACUCCCAUGUGUCAGUCACUUUGAUGCCCUCAACAGAUUAUCCUGUAUUGGAUAGGGACCUCUACUUUUAGUUUACUUUCUCUUGUUACCCAUUCCCCAACUGAUAACAAACCAAUUACUGUAAUUAAAGUGUGAGAUAUUAUUUGAAGUUUGAAUCUGGAUGUUGUUAGUAAACAUGGUGGGAAUAAAGUCCUCUUUGCAAAUCCUUCACAUUUUAAAUGAAUUCAGCAUUGCCAUGUGAAUAUUGAGAUAAACAUGUGGAGAGCAAGACUUAAAAGGCAGAGGCAAUACAAUUACAAGAGUAACCUGAGUGAGGAGAGGACAACACUGUGAUGCGUCUACUGAUGAGGAUGCAGAUACACAACCGGAACAAAACGGGGAGACUGGGGUCUCUUUACGCUAUUUUCUUACUGAGGUUACAAAAUGGAGAGAGAGUUUGUAAGGAUGAGUGGGUUGGGCACAUUAGGGGUCACAAAGCCUAAUGCAAUUACUUACUGAGAGGAAAUGAGAAACUUUUGUAGGCCAAACUAGGAUUUUACAGCAUAGAUUUGUCAGAAAGAACCUUACACGGGAAUGGAUGAAAUUUCUUUGGUCUGAACAACGAAAUUUGUAAUUACAAAAGUUGAUGAUAAAUUUUUGAAAGAGGACAAAUAUAUAGAAUGAGUGGAAUUAAAUAUUAAUAAUAAUAAUGAAUUUGCUGGAGGAGAAAGCAGACAAAACACAACCCUUUAAGAGCUGGACUUGUCCUAAUUAAUGAAUCACUAAGACACAGAUUGCCUUCUCUAUUUUCCCACCCCUUUCACUCUCCCACCUCUCCCUGCUAUUUAUUUCUUUACUCGGCUCCGAAUGUUAAGGAUUUUGAGGAAAUGGAAACAUUUGUACGUCUGAUCUGUUGUGCACGGACAAACAUUCCGGCAAAACCCAUUCUGUUCAGAUGCUGAAUCUUUCUGUUCAGUUUGGGCAGCCACAAUCAAAAGUAGUUUUGAUGAAAUUAACAUGCUAGAAUAGGGGCAAGUACACGUGAGCUGCAUGCAAGGGGCCUCAGUCAGACUCCUUCAGGACGAAGAACGUAAAUAUAAAUUCCUCUGGGUCAGCAAAAAUGAUUGAGGUAACGAGAGCCUGCAAUAGGGGGAUAAUAAAGCCUGGACUCUUCUGGGCAACUAACAACAGCAACAUUUAUGAGGCUGGCAGACAGUAAUUUGUCUGUCUGUAUGUUCUGAGUUCAAAUUCUGCCAAGGUCGACUUUGCUCUUCAGGGUCGAUAAAUUAAGUACCAGUUGCACACUGGAGUCAAUCUAAUCUAUUGCCCCACUUCCCCCAAACACUUUGGGCCUUGUGUCUAGAUUAGAAAAGAACAUUUAUCUUUACCAAUGCUACUUAAUCAGGACUGAUUUUAUGAUGCAUUUAUGCAGACAACACCAUCGUUUACCGUCCACUUUCCAUGCUGGCAUGGGUUGGACAGUUUGACUGAAAACUGGUAAGCUGGGGAGCCGCUCCAGGUUCCAAUCUGAUUUGGCAAGGUUUCCACAGCUGGAUGCCCUUCCUAAUGCCAACCACUCCAAGAGUAUAGUGGGUGCUUUUUACGUGCCACUGGCAUCGGCCACAACUAUGAUCUCACUUGGUUUGACGGGUCUACACAUGCAUGGCGUAUCGCCAAAGGUCUCUGUCCCCUGUCACUACCUUGAGUGGUGCUUUUUUACAUUCCACUGGCAUCAGCCAACAAAUGACAGUGACCUUCGUGGUGACUUACAGGGAGGCUGUAGACAGAGCAAGGUUCUUAGUGUUGCAGAUCAUUUGCAUCGGGGAGUGUUAAGUUGAGGAAACCAGCCAGUUAAUUAGGCAAACAAGCCAGAUGGUUGUGAAGAAUGUACAAGUCAAUAUAGUGGUUAGUGGUAAGUGAUUGCAGACAUAGAACGUGAAAGAUUCAGAAAUACAAACCAGUUUGAAAAAGGAAAAUGUGCAGGUUAAAAAGAUCCACCAGAAAAUAAGAGGUUUAGGGAAUUACAAGCUGAAGUAUUUGAUGAGAAACAUCCAGCUGGACGGAGGAUGAUGUAAGGGUGGAACAGUGGAGUAUACAGAGCCAAGCUUGGAAGAGGUUAGAAGACUGGAGAUAAAAGAGAAUUAUAUCAAGUAGCUAGAGGAAAAAGUUUGAGAGACAAAUAUAUUUAGCAAUGGAAGAAGUUGAAGUGCGGAGGUUUGCCAAUGUUCUACAGAAUGAGGUAUUUUGGAAUGAGAUGUGGGAAAGAAGUGUGUGUGGAUGGAUGCUGGUACUCUUGCACUCAGUGAUUGCAAAACGAAAGAAGCAGACGAGUGCUGUUCUGAAAGGCUACUAAAUGUGAAGAAGGACUGGGAGAAAUAGUCUUCCUAAUGUAAACCUAAUAGAGGGACCAGCCAUUCUGUUUGAUAGUAAUACAGAUGGGAUCAAGUGAAACUCUUAAAAUGUUGUCCCUGCUUGGCUGCAACCUGAAGUUAAUAGCCAGAGAAUAAAGGAUUAUUUAUUGUCCAUUUUUAAUUCUGUAGACGAAUCCUUGUUGUUAGUGUCUGUGUGUAUUUGGUUGAUCGAAUAUAACAUUAAUAAUUGUAGGUAAAUUUGAGGUUAUCCAUGUAAUUAAUUGACAAAAACUUCCUGUUUAAAAUUGAAAAGCGAGAGUGAAUCCCUGACUAAUGUCAGGGACAGGGCAACCACAUAAUGGCUUGCUGGAAAUAAGUCCGCUGCCAAUUAGAUCACACACUAAUGUGCGUGAAACCUAUUGGUAGUUCGACCUAGUAGAAAUAGCAGCCAACUCCCCUACAAAAAAAAUUGAAGGACACAUUUGACAAAAUAAUUG